CAUUUUCCAUUUUUAUUUCGUUCCAUCAAAAAUAUUAUUGUUCUCUCUGAAAAUUCCAUAGUAAUAAUUAAUUUGUAACAAAACCAUCUUUUAAUUUCAUCUUGUUCAUCAAUUAACCUAGUUUUAUUUAUCAAUUAAGUACGUAAACCUACAAAAAAAAAUGGCACCAAGAACAACAUUUUCUGCCCAUUUUCGACAAUCCGUCACCCCGAACGCUCUAAGAUCUUACCUUGCUGAAUUUAUCUCCACUUUCAUCUUUGUCUUGGCCGCCGCCGGAUCCGCCAUGGCGUCUCGAAAAAUAAUGCCGGAUGCAAGAUCCGACCCGUCUAGUUUGGUGGUUGUAGCCUUAGCAAACACAUUCGGCCUCGCCUCCGCUGUUUAUAUCUCUAGCGGCGUCUCUGGUGGCCACGUCAACCCGGCUGUCACUUUCGGGAAAGUGGUGGGGUGUUACAUUCCUAUCCCGACCGCCAUUUUCUACUGGAUUUCACAAAUUCUUGGUUCGGUUAUGGCGUGCCUCCUCCUUAAAGUCGUCACCGUUAAUCAAAAUGUUGUGCCCCAUGCAAUAUCAGAAGACAUGACCGGGUUCGGAGCAUCCGUUUUAGAAGGUGUACUUACAUUCGGAUUAGUCUACGUUGUCUAUGCAGCCAAAGAUCCAAGACAUGGUCAAUUGGGCUCUAUUGGGCCUUUAGUCAUUGGGCUAAUUACAGGAGCAAAUGUGCUAGCCGCUGGACCCUUCUCGGGUGGGUCAAUGAACCCGGCGUACUCAUUUGGGGCGGCCGCCGUUGGUGGAAGCUUCAAGAACCAAGCCGUGUAUUGGAUCGGACCUUUGCUUGGGGCAGCGGUUGCCGGUGUUUUGUAUGACAAUGUGGUUUACCCGCCUCAAGAUUCGGAUACUCCAUGGUGCGGUCUAGAUGGGUCUCGUGUUUGAUUUGAUUUGAUUUUGGAACUAGACAAUUGUUCGUGUGCUUAAUAAAUUCGUGUAUGUUAGUAUAAUAGUGUUGUGAACUUCUAACCUUGACUAAAUUCUAGAUUGUUGAUGUUAGCUUGUGGUUUGUACUUUGUAAUUUGUAGUAUGUUGUGGUAGAAUUAGCAAGUGUAGUGUUUGUGACGUUUAAUUAAUACAACUUCUAGUA